UCGCUCCUUCUAGCGCUUCAGAACCGCGUGCCCUCCGUAUUGCAUGAAAAGAGACACAUUCCUUACUUAAAAUUGCUUCUGGGGUACAUCCGCGCAGCUGUGUUGCCGCAGAGUUUGGAUUCGUGCGUGCAGAUCCUAUUCCUUCUUCACAGGAGUUGUAAAGUUACUUCUUAUUUUGAAAUUGCUUCCAGCAGCGCGGAGCUGUGUUACCGCAGACUUUGGGUAAUUCGGCUGGGGGCCACCCCUGUAAGCCUGAGCUUGCUCUCUGUCCAGGUUUAUGCUGCUUCUUCAGAGAAGACUUCCAAAAAGGAGUUGCUGAAAAUUGAGGAGCUGUCACUGUACUCCUCCCCAGCUCGUGAGACUAAAUAUGUGGAGAAUCCCAAAACUGACUUGGAAGAGGGGGUUUCCCGUUUACGGCAUGUUAUGGAGCCAUAUACAGCCUGGUGUCAGGAUCUUUAUGCCAAAGCUAUGCCCAAGUUAGAAAAAGCUGUUGAGCAUGGUAGAGAGGGCUAUGAAUUUCUCCAAAAACCCCCUGCUGGAUUUUAUCCAAGACUUGGUGUUAUAAGUUUUGCUGGAAUUAUUGGACUGUUUCUUGCUAGAGGCUCAAAAAUAAAGAAAUUGGUGUAUCCUGUAGCUCUGAUGGGUAUUGGUACCUCCAUGUAUUACCCUCAGCAGGCGGCUGCUAUUGCAAAGGUUGCUGGCACACAGCUGUAUGACUGGAGUCUUCAAGGAUAUAUUGCUGUAGAAGCUCUUUGGAAGGAUAAUCCUAAGAAGAAGAAAUCAGGGGAAAAAGAUGAUAAGGGUGAUGCAGUGGGUGACAAGCCCCUGGAAGUCCAUGCUGCUUCAAAUAAAGAGCAAACCAAGAAGUAGAAUGCUACAUCACCUGGCAUCAAACAGGUGAAUAAAAAUAUAGAUAUGAGCAACAAUUUCCCAAGAAAAAGAUGAAAACCAUCUGAAUCCAUUUUGAAUGUGACUAAUCUGCCUUUGCCUCAGGACAGUCUGGUGAUCUGCUGCUCGGGCUUCUGGUAUGGCUUCUGUGAAAGGACACUACAUGUUUUGGGUCAGUCUUGAGACUUCAUCCUCUGUUCUGCAGUGGGACUCAAGUCUGUCCAUGUUUGUCCCAUUGCAGGAUCAACAUUUCAAGUAGCAAGUCUCAAAAAUCCUUCGGUCUCUUUAUUAUUUAUAUAUAAAAUAAAAUUCCAGUUACAGAAAAUGGUCCAUUUUU